GAGGGGGCGGAGCGAAGCCGCGUGCGCCGAGACCUUCUCGGCUAGGCGGGGCGAAACCUUAGCUCGCGAGAUUUUGCUGGUUCCGCAUUUCGGGUUUGUGAGGUGGGGGAGGCGAGCACAGCGGACGCCGCGGAGUGCACGGCCUGGUAGCGGCUCAAGCUCCAGCUCGGAACGGCGGCGGCCCAGCUUCCGCUGUCAGCGAGCUGAGGACCGUCCGCUCCCUCUCGCCGGCUCCGAAUCCUGACGGGGGUGGGGGCCAGCGGCCCCUCGCCUUCCCUGUGAGGACCGAAGAUGAGCUUCCUCUUCAGCAGCCGCUCUUCUAAAACAUUCAAACCAAAGAAGAAUAUCCCUGAAGGAUCUCAUCAGUAUGAACUCUUAAAACAUGCAGAAGCAACUCUAGGGAGUGGGAAUCUGAGACAAGCUGUUAUGUUGCCAGAAGGAGAGGACCUCAAUGAAUGGAUUGCUGUUAACACUGUGGAUUUCUUCAACCAGAUCAACAUGUUAUAUGGAACUAUUACUGAAUUCUGCACUGAAGCAAGCUGUCCAGUCAUGUCUGCAGGUCCAAGAUAUGAAUAUCAUUGGGCAGAUGGCACUAAUAUUAAAAAGCCAAUCAAAUGUUCUGCUCCAAAAUACAUUGACUAUUUGAUGACUUGGGUUCAGGAUCAGCUUGAUGAUGAAACUCUUUUUCCUUCUAAGAUUGGUGUCCCAUUUCCCAGAAACUUUAUGUCUGUGGCAAAGACCAUUCUAAAGCGUCUGUUCAGGGUUUAUGCCCAUAUUUAUCAUCAGCACUUUGAUUCUGUGAUGCAGCUGCAAGAGGAGGCUCACCUCAACACCUCCUUUAAGCACUUUAUUUUCUUUGUUCAGGAAUUUAAUCUGAUUGAUAGGCGUGAGUUGGCACCUCUUCAGGAAUUAAUUGAGAAACUUGGAUCCAAAGACAGAUAAAUGUUUCUUCCAGAACAGUUACCCUCUUGCUUCAUCUCCUGCUAGAGCUAUUUCAUUGCUAUCUGUUAUAGAAUAAUGAUACAAACUUUAAGAAAACAGGAUAAAAAGAUACAUUGUCUACUGAUAAAAUUGUCCCAAAGGUAGGUUGGCCUAAUAGCUUCAGAGUGAGACCUUUAAGGACACGGCCAAAUCUGAGGUGUACUGUGUGACCACUCCUGUUAUCGUCAGAGUCAUUUGGUUGUAAUAUGUGAUGAUUAGCCUGUAGUUUAAGUUUACUUAUGAUUCUUUUACUCAAGAAAAUGAUUUGAGUCUGUUUCAGGUGAUGGCAUAAUGGACAUUAAGAAUUUCCACCAAUAAUUUAUUAGUAAGUUUCCAGAACAAAUUUCCUAAUAACACAAUCAGAUCAAUUUUAUUUUGCAGAUAGAAAAGGUAUUUUCAAGACUCCUUAAGAUUUAGAAUGUUUGUGUCACUUUGGAUAACCUUUUAGUUUGAAGUUUGUAUACUAGUGUUUUUAUGGAUAAGAUAUAUGUAUAUUUUUUCAAAAUCCAUAAUUGCAGUUUAAAUCAUUAUGUGGCAUAUGUGGAAUGAGAGUAACCAAAGUUAUUUUUAAAGUGACUUUAUUUUUUAAUCUUUAUUUGGAAUUUUAUUCACAUCUAUCUAAAUUAUUAGGAAUGUAUGUAUCAGAAAUAAUUUUUUUAUGGCUUCUAAAAAUCUUACAGGUUUUUAUUUUGAAAGGCUUCAUUCAAGUUAAUUUAAUAUGUAGCUUCUGGCUGUGAAAAAGAAAACUUCCUCCCAAAUAUUGGCAAACUUUAGGCCUCAAAGCCACUAUUUUCAUUCUUUUUUUUUUCCCCAGAGGCUUUGAAAUUCUGGAUAAGAGAAUGGAACAAAGUACUGAGAGUACUUGAUUAUUUUGUUUUAUUAAAAAGUUAUUUCUAUGUUUUUAUUGUGACUUGAGCCUUAGUUAAAAGUAGUGGAAAAAUGCACAAACUUUAGCCCAAUAAGGAUAAGACUUAAGGAGAACCACAGUAAGAAACCUUGAAGGUGUACACAUUUUAUAACACAGCUAAAGUUUUGGUGUGCUAUGUAUUUUUUAGAGAGAGAGAGAGAGAGAGAGAGAGUGUGUGUGUGUGUGUGUGUGUGUGUGUGUGUGUGUGUUUAUAGGAGACAAAAUGGGAGGAAUAAGUAAAAAAAAAAAUCUUACUUCAUUCUGUUAAUAUUCAAAAGAUAGGUUGAGCUCCCUCCCAUAAGGGCUUUAUCCUAUUUUAAUUGUUUUUGUAUCAAAACUUGGAAUUGUUCUAUUUCUAUUGGGAUAAAAGAAUUUUUCCCUUUAGUGAAGAAAACAUCUAUUUUUCAUUUGGUUCCUUAGAUUUAGUAAACGCUUGCUGGCUAUUUAAAUGUACUGAGGCACAGUAAGUAUUCUGGAAGACUUGCCAGACUGGCAAAGCUUUAAGUUCAUGAACAUUCUGUGUUUCAGAGCUGUGGUUUUUGCAAAGUACUCAACAGCCUCCUUGAUGGCUUUGAUAAAGGUUAAGUUUGAUAAGAUUUUUGUUUCAUUUUGUUUUAUUCCACUAGACUAUAAAGAAAAGAAUUGCUUAGAAACUCCAUUUUUAAUAACUCAGUUUCAAUAAAUUCUGAAAUAUAUACAGAACUUUAAGAGAAAUAAAACAUUUAAUCUAAUUUAGGCUGAACCCCAUACACCACUGAGGAAUUAUAAAGAGUGGGAUAGUCACUUACGAAAAAAAGAGAAAAGCCCUCUAUGAAACAUUCCAAAAUCCAUGUUUUAAGCUUAUCCGCAGGUCCAGAAUCCAGCCAUUUCUCUAUGUUGAUGAUUUGCGAACAAGAAAGCAGAUUUCUAGAUGCCACCUAGAAUGUAACUGCCUCUCAGCUUCACGCUGUUGGCUUUACUUUUUUUUUUUUUAAGUCUACAAGGAACGAAAUUAUUUUUCUCAACUAGGGUUGUACUUUCAUCAUCAUUUCUAAUAUUUCAGAUAUCCUCAAACAAAAGAGUUCUCACUUUUCUCCAUUUAGUUUCAGUGAUGGAAACCCUCCCUUCAUGACUAAGUUCCAAAACGAACCAAAGAUGAUCAUAUGCUAGGACAGUAGUAAAAAAGGCAGCUUAUAAAUGGGACAUAAAUCAAAAACUUGUUGCUAUUUUGAGACUCAGAAUGUCGUUUUUAAAAAAAUAAAAACAUUAUCAAGUUCCCACACCAAUCUGAUUUAAGCAACAAUGCACCUAAACAUUAGUGUUAAUAUUAUUAGUUUACUUCUAAGGCCAGGGAGUAGAGGGCAAGAAAAGAAUUGGAGGAAGGGGAGAGAGUAGAAAGAGGAUGGUGCCUUUCUGACUUGGCUAGAGGGCCAACCUUCGACAAGAGUUUGAAGAAAUCAAUCUCGUUGACUGCUCACCUUUGAUUGCUCUCUCCCCAUGGCCAGGAUCUGCUGUUCCACAGCACUCGCCCCUCUUGCCGUCCUAAUCAGAAGUCAGCUCCUCUCAGUGUCUGCCCUCUGCUCCUCAUACAUGAUUACAAUCACGGGGUGGAGAGUGCCUGCUAAAUUAGGCAGUUGAUCCUAUGGUGCUUUAAUUUUCAGGCAUUUUAAAAACCUUGGGCAAUGAUGUACAGAUUUUUGUUUAAAUAUUCAAACCUUCCUAAACUACAGUUUUUGUAUUGGCAGCCAAAUGUAUCCUUUAUUCUUUUUCAGAUUGUGAAUAAAGUGAUGUUACAGGGCUGCCGUCUAACAAAGUAUUUCCUUUCAUCUUAGAUUUGUAGAGCCCUAACUCACGUAGUUGCUUACUUGAGAAAUGCAAAUCUGUAUUCACCAUGAUUUUGAUAACAAAGAUAAGUGUUUCUAGUAGGCAAGAGAAACAAUCCUGGUGGUGAUACUAACUUUUGCAAAUGUUGUAGUUUUCUGAUUAUACUGUUGGCCUUCUCUCUGAGCAAUGAGAUUAUACUAGAAUUAGAGCUUCUCAAACAUGACAUCAUUACCUCAUAAGCGUCAACAAAUUGGGCCCAAAGAAUAUGAGUCCUAGAAAGUUGUUUCUAAGCAGCCCCAGUGAUGGUGCUGGUGCUGGUGCUACUGCUGCCUUGUCAUAGGAGGCUGUCUCCUGUUAGUAUGAAACCCUGGCCUGAAUAAUGCCGGCCUGGACACCAAACAUUGAGCACCUUCAACAGGUAAAUUAUUUCCUCCUGAGAUCAGUCAGUUCAGUAAGUGGAUUCAGUUUCUACUAUUGUAGAAUUCUGGCAAAGAGGGAAAAUAUUAGUCCUUUGGUCAUUCUAUUUUGCAUUCAGUUUUGAUUCAGUACUAUAAAAGGCUUUGGGGGACAAUACUACGUGUGGUAACAGUAAUUUUACUGAUGCAACUGCAUUGAAAUUCACUUCAGAUUUCUCUCAUUAUCAGAUGGUAUUCCAAACAAGUAUUCUGUAAAUCUAGAUGGAUUACCAGUUUGCUAUAGACUUAUUAUAGAACAACAUUCUGUUUGGUCUACAUCAGAAAUAAUUUGCAUAAGUUAGUCUUGGUUACCAUCUAAAAUAUUUUUAAAUAUUCUUUACAUAAAAAAUUUAUGUUGUAUUUUUAAACCUUUAGGGGCUUUAUCUAUUUUUCUAAGUCAGUUAACUGUACUUUAAAAAAAAAGUAUUUUGUAUCUACUUUUGUAACUUCAUCAGAAUAAAAUAUAUUGAAAG